AGACAUUGUCCUCGACCAAACUGCAGUGUGGCUUUCAUUAUAACCACUGCAAAACAAGUUGCUUGCUGAAACAAAAUGGAUUGGACGGAGCCGAUUCCAGCGUUGUUCCUCUUUAUCCUUAUGAUUUCCUUUGUUUUGAAACUGGGCACUUUCUGGAACAAGAGCUCCCAAAAUCUUCCACCAGGACCGAGGCCUUUACCUCUCAUUGGGAAUCUCCACAUCAUGGAUCUCAAGAGGCCUCACAGAACCAUGUUAAAGUUGUCAAAGCAAUAUGGCCCUGUCUUCAGCAUCCAAAUGGGACCCCAGAAAACUGUGGUGUUGACAGGAUAUGAGACAGUAAAGGAGGCUCUGGUUAAUCAGGCGGACGCAUUUGCAGACAGGCCCAUCGUUCCAUUAUUUCAAGAGCUUGCACAAGGCUUUGGUGUAAUUCUGUCUAAUGGUGAAAACUGGAAAGUGAUGCGGCGGUUUGCUUUAAGCACAUUACGGGACUACGGAAUGGGAAAGAGGACCAUAGAGGACAGAAUUGUUGAGGAAUGCAGUGUCCUGAUAAAUAAAUUUGAAUCUUACAAAGGAAACCCAUUUGAGACCACCACAAUUAUGAAUGCAGCUGUUGCUAAUAUUAUAGUGGCCAUACUACUAGACAAGCGAUUUGAUUAUGAAGAUCCCACAUACAUAAGACUUCUGAAGUUGGUCAAUGAAAAUAUCCGGCUUUUCGGAAGCUCUUCAGUCACGCUGUAUAACAUGUUUCCUGCUCUUGGUUUUCUUUUGGGGGCUCGUAAGACUGUCAUCCAAAACAGAGAUGAGCUGUUUGCCUUCAUAAAUGCCACCUUCAUAAAACACCUCAGAGAUCUGGAUGAAAAUGACCAGAGGAGCUUUAUUGACUCAUUUCUUAUCCAACAGCAAGAGGAGGAGAAGAAGAAGAAGACGAAUGCAUAUUUCCACAAUGAAAACUUAAAAACUGUUGUGGCCAACUUAUUUGCUGCUGGCAUGGAGACCACUUCUACCACACUGUGCUGGGGACUGUUACUAAUGAUGAAACAUCCUGAAAUUCAGAUAAAGGUCCAAGAAGAAAUUGCAAAGGUUGUUGGAUCUUCUCAGCCAAGGAUUGAACACCGAACAAAAAUGCCUUAUACAGAUGCCGUGGUCCAUGAGAUCCAGAGGUUUGCCAAUAUCGUCCCAACCAACCUGCCACAUGCCACGGCUACAGAUGUUACCCUCAAUGGCUACUUCAUUCCAAAGGGGACAUACAUCAUACCAUUGCUGUCCUCUGUGCUGCAUGAUGAAUCUCAAUGGGAGAAACCACAUAAAUUCUAUCCUGAGCAUUUUCUUAACUCUGAAGGAAAAUUCGUAAAGAGAGAUGCUUUCAUGCCUUUCUCUGCAGAUGCGUCCGGCUAUGGGGUGGCAUCGCAGGAGUGUCAGUCCGUCCCUUGCUCCGUGACCCAGUGCCCCUGCUGUCUGCCACAUCAGCAAUCUGGGGCAAACCGCGGGUCAUCAAGACAGUCCUCCCCUGCCCUGGGGAAGCUGCCAGGGCUAAUUACCCCCACAUCAGCCCUGAAUAUUCAGAACGGCUGAGGUCCAAUCAUGUGGGAUCCGCCAUUUUCCAUGGCCAGAAACAGGAAGCCCAGCACCAGCCACUUGGUUAACUCGAACUCUUGUGUCCUGUGUCUUUAUUUCUAUAGGGGGGGGCAGGAACUCGCCACGCAAUUGUGACCAAGACGAAAAAGGGUCUGGAAACCAUGCCUUAUGAGGAAUGUUUGAGGAAGUUGGGAAUGUUAACAUCUGUGGCUGCAAUGUAUGCUGAUUUUGAACUGUAUUUGUUGUUGUCAGGCAAUGGCUUUGUUUCCUCCAGGUUCUUUAAAAAGUCUGUAAUAAUAGAUCUGGCAACUGGGUUUGCUUCUGGCAUCGCCUUGCUACCAAUUAAUUCUGUGACUUUCUGCUUCUGGCUUAGGACUGGGACGUCCAACUCCCACGAGACUGUGAUCUACUCACGGGGGGGAACUGGCAGUGAAAGUUGUUAAGGUACUUUUAGAGAGGAAAGUUCCAUUUUGGGGGUUAAGGCCAAGCUUCUUGAGCCUUUUUUAUGGAGAAAAUCUCCGUUAUUAAGGGGGAAAUGUCAGACUAUAGUAAGAGGGAGAGGGGAUUAGUCAUUCACCAAAAGAUCGCUAUGGAAACAAUUUGCCUCACAGUGAAAACUCUGUCAUCUGUUCCAACGAUCAGCUGAAAUUGGUGGGCGGGGAGAGGGGAAGGGCCAGCUGCUCUGAGGCAAAAACAAAGGAAAAGGAGCCAGGAAUCGACCAGAACCUCCCGGGUAUCGAUCAGUCGAUCCCGAUCAACCUGUUGGUUAUCCCUGGAAUAAAACAACCAUCUUCCAUGUUCUCUCUGUAUCUGAAUGAACUUUCUCUGAGAGUCUGGGUUAGCUUAAGGCUUCCCUCAUCAAUGGAAUUCUGACUGGUCAUAUGAAAAUGGUGGAAAUGUGUCAAAUUCAAAAUCAAAACUUCAAUCUCCACAAGAGGAAAAACUCAAAACCUUCUCCGCCUAGCUACUGCUCUGAGAGGGAAGAGGGAGCUGAUCCCUUUCACAAUAGAGACAAGGGAAGUCACCAUGGUCUCACCAGGAAAUAGAAAAAAUGUUUGGUUUUAAUCUCUCUUCUUUCUUAAGAAAAUCCAGCCACAUUCACUAAAAUACUUUGAAUUUUGUCUUCACUGGGCCCCAUAACUUUUGUAGGAAUGGAUUUAGGCACCACGAGAGGAUGCACUGCUUAGUUAUUAUCCUUCCUUGUUCACAUUCUUGCAUGUCAUAUGCUCUAAUGUAUACAAAGAUUUACCCUAAUGCCACCAUGUUCAACAGUUUCAAGAUGGAAAUGAAUAAAAACUAUUCUAAAAAGAAAAA